CUGCUUUCAGCUGCUCUGGUGGAUCCCACAGAUAAACUGAUGAAGCUGAAUGUGGAUCAUGGUGGAGAGUUCAGGCUGAACCCAGGGCUGAGGAAAUAUGCCUGUCAUCUCACCCUGGACCCAAAUACAGCAAACCCAGACCUGAUACUGUCUGAGGGGAACAGGAAGGUGACAUGGGUGGUGGAGAAGCAUCAUUAUGAAGACCAUCCAGACAGAUUUGACGGUCAUCCCCAAGUUCUCUGCAGAGAAGUCUUAUCUGGAUCUCGUUAUUACUGGGAGGUGGAGAAGGAUAGUGACGAGGCUCUCAUUGGUGUGGUGUACAAAGGAAUGAAGAGGAAGGGAGAGGAGAAUGACAGUAGGAUUGGAUACAAUAGCAAGUCCUGGUGUUUAUUCUGCUCUGACGGUGGAUAUAACUUUCACCAUGCUGACGUCAUCAGAUCCACCCCUGGUCCUUUUUCUAACAGAGUUGGAGUGUAUCUGGACUGGCCAGCUGGUACUUCGUCCUUCUAUAGCGUGUCCUCCUCUGGUACACUGACACACCUUUACACAGAACACACCACAUUCACUGAACCCCUCUAUCCAGGGUUUGGGUUUGUGUUUGGGUUUGGGGUUUGUUCCUACGACUCCUCCUCAGUGACCCUGUGUCAGAUAGAUGACCAACACAUUCAAAGGUGAGUCAUAGCAAUGUUUCAUCAUGUGUUUUCCUCUGGAAUCAUUCCUACAAUUAGAUUAGUAGUAGUGGUGUGUUUUAAUGUGUUCUGUUGGACCUACAGACAGUUAGA